CGGUACUUAUAGCGGAAGUGACGGUGGGUCCUUCCUUUUCCAGCUCAGUGCGGAGAUAGACGUGUAGUCAAAAUGAGCAAGGUUUCCAGGGACACCCUGUACGAGGCUGUGCGCGAGGUUCAGCUGGGCUCCAAGCAGAAGAGACGCAAGUUCUUGGAAACGGUGGAGCUCCAGAUCAGCUUGAAGAACUAUGACCCUCAGAAGGACAAGCGUUUCUCUGGCACCGUCAGGCUGAAGACCACCCCCCGGCCCAAGUUCUCCGUCUGCGUCCUAGGAGACCAGCAGCACUGCGAUGAGGCCAAGGCUGCAGAGUUCCCCCACAUGGACAUCGAGGCUCUGAAGAAGCUCAACAAGAACAAGAAGAUGGUCAAGAAACUGGCUAAGAAGUACGAUGCUUUCCUGGCUUCCGAGUCCCUGAUCAAGCAGAUUCCCCGAAUCCUGGGGCCGGGGCUGAACAAGGCUGGCAAGUUCCCCUCCCUGCUCACCCACAACGAGAAUCUGAACACCAAGGUGGAUGAGGUCAAAUCCACCAUCAAGUUCCAGAUGAAGAAGGUGCUGUGUCUGGCUGUUGCCGUGGGUCAUGUCAAGAUGACCGAAGAAGAGCUGGUCUACAACAUCCACCUAGCCAUCAACUUCUUGGUAUCGCUGCUGAAGAAGAACUGGCAGAACGUGCGCGCGCUCUACAUCAAGAGCACCAUGGGCAAGCCCCAGCGCCUCUACUAGACAGCAUCCCUUUUUGUACAAAUAAAUCUUUGGGAAAGAA